AUGGGCCUCCAGAAAAUGAUUGAAGCCAAAGGCGGGAUUGGAGAGCUCCACGAUAACUGGCGUCUGGAGCAUGUUGUUUAUCUGUGGGUCUCCGAUCUGCGAACGUUCAUGGGUUUCUCGUCGCGAUUCUACGUCCGGGGACUCUCCACCUAUCCCGCACUCUACCAGGCAGUUCUUCAUCUUCGGGACGAAUUCCAGCAUACCCAUGCAAUGGCUUCGCCUAGUUCUGGAAUGUCGCCAUUUGACUACGAGAGGUUAAUCUGCUUGUUUUUCAUUUGUCUGAUGAUGCAGGACUCCGUAUCUUCCACGCCCACCGACCCCAUGCACAGCUCUUUCCGUCCCAGUGGAUUAGAUACCCUGGAUGGAGCUUUGAUGGAGUCACGCGGCAUGCGGGACUUUUCCGUACAAAAUUUGCGCCCAUUUUUGAAUCAUCAUCUGGUUGAACUUCACCCGGACGGAAUGCAGAAAAUAGAAUACGUGCGGAGGAUGACGGAGGUCCUGGGCCUGUUAAGGCCUGAGGCGCGGAUCGGGGUCGAAAAAUGCCUUCUCAACAUGCUGUGCCGCUCGAAUGAGGGUCACACGGCGUUCUUGGUCGAUGAUGGGUGGACGCCUGAUUCGCUCUUGUCCUCGAUGCAUGGACAAUGA